AUGAUUGCUCCUCGUCGAAGCAACCGCCAAACUGCUUCUCCUCCUCCUCCCGCCGCAACCACCGCCGCUCCUCCCAAGGCUGCUGACAUCAUGUCGCCAGCUUCAUCAUCGUCGGACGAGGAGGAAAAACUCCUUCUAAGAACGCGAACCACUACCAAGUCUACUAUUAAUCCUGCUGUUAAUGCCGCCUCUAUCAGCACUAAGGGUGCAACUGCCAGGAGGGUCUCCAUUGCAGGUACGCGGAAUAAUAUCGGUAGCAGCAAGAAACCUGUACUCUCUUCUUCUUCCGAGGAAGAAGACUCGGAUGCCGACUCUACCGUGGCAUUGGCGCCCCCCAAGGACACGACCAAGUCAAAGCCUACGUCACAAUCGGUUUCUACAGGAUCCAAUGAGAAGAAACUGGCGGAUACAGAAGCCAAGAAGAUGAAUGCAACCCAGGCCGCAAAGGGCACUAGUACUACCAGUGCCAAAGGUAGACCCAGCAAGACUCCUGAUCUUCUCUCUUCAGAGGACGAAGAAGAAACUGAUGAGGAAUCGGUAGCUGCUACCAAUUACUUCAAGGCUCCUGCGAAGCCCAGAAAGCCGUCACCACAGCAGGCGAAGAGGACAAAGACUGACGGGUCAAAAGAUGCCGCCAAGGAGUCAUCCACCAAUAAAACUGCCACAAGCCGUACUACUACUACUACCGCAAAGGACAAAACUGCCAAAUCCACUGCAUCCUCCAACAAGGAGAAGAGUCAGCUGGAAAACCUGCCGGUGCCCAACCCCAAUGACAACAAGGACGAAGACAAGGACAAUACAAGUAUUCACCAGAAGGAUGCUGCUGCCAAAACCAACACUCCGCCAUCCAAAAAGACCACCAUUCCUCCAUCCAAAAACACUAGCACGGGCAGUGGUUCCAAAGCCAAAGCAAAUGCAGCACAACGCAAGAAAAAUUGCGGCCAAAAUAAAGAAUCCAACAAACCGCAACAAGCACAGUCUGCCAAGAACAAGACGGCCUUGAUCACCCCCGCGACCAAGAACAAGGCAAGUGCCAACAAAAAGACGCCAGCAGAUACGAGUACUGCUGCUUCCACCGACGGCACCAACACGGCAGGUUCCAACGCCACUGCGAAAAACCAAAAACCUCCUGAGAAUAACUCCAAGACUCCAUCAGCCAAAACUCCUAGUGCCAAAACAAGCACCACCAAGAAACGACAGAAAAAGACAAAGAAGAAUCCUGUAGAGCAGGCGCAAGAAGAGUCACUGGAACUGGCUCAAAACAUGGUCGAAUGGACCGAGACAACCUACAAGGCUACCCAAGAUGCAUACAAAAAGGCGGAUAAGGAAUUGAAGCGCAAGCGACAAGACUUGGAACAGAUGGAAACAUUCGUGGCCAGUCUCCAGCAACAAUCCAACAAGGCAUUGGAAGAUAAGAAAAGGGCCGCCAAACGACAAAAGGCAUUGGUUAAGCAGUGGGACAAAACCACGUCCCAUUUGGUAGAACAGCAGCAAGAGCUGGCCAAAUUAGCAGCAGCAAGUGAAACGACCAACAGCACCAAGAAAGGAAGCAAGCGUGGUGUUGACGAGAGAGCCUCGUCUGGCAAGAAGAACAAGAAGCGCAAGGUGGUGGAGGACGAUGACAGCGAUGAUGAUAGUAGCAACGACGGCGACAGAAGUGAUGAAGGUGGCAGCGAGGAUGAAGAUUCUGACUGGGAAGGUGCCAAGAGGUCCUCCAGGAAGAGCGUUGUAACGAGUCCGAGUGAACCCACUCCUCCAAGCCGCCGAGGGGCCCCACGCGUCACGAAAUGGAAGUGCCCUAUCUGCACGUUGGAGAACGCUCUUGGCAAAAAAUCUUGUGAAGCCUGCCGCACGGCCAAGCCAGGUACAUGUCCCAAGAUUGAUUGA